UUUGAAACUGGUCCGUACGUUCUAUGUUUUUUCAGGACAUCUGUCUUUAAAGGUCAGUUAUUACUCUAUGGACUCUGUGUUCAAUAAACUAAAAACAAAAGUAUCAGGUGCUCUUCCUGGCAACCCGUUAACUCGAGAGUAUGAUAUUGAAAAGCAAAUUGGUCAAGCCGGUCCGGGCUUAUUAUGGAAAUUGUAUUCAGCUAAAAAGCGUUCAACUCAUCAAGAAGCUACCAUAUGGAUAAUGGAAAAAAAAUUGUUAGAGUCUUAUCCAAAGUUACAACGCGAAUCUAUGAUUGAAAUACUUAAACAUGGGGUGUGUACAUUGACAAGAAUUAAGCAUCCAAAAAUAGUAUCAGUUCUUCAACCACUAGAGGAGUCACGUGAAAGUCUUGCUUAUGCAACAGAACCGUUAUUUGCUUCACUAAAUAGUGUACUGACAAGAGAAUCGCCAAACACUGGACAGUCAAACGGGUCUAUGGAGUUUUCUUUGUCAGAUAUUGAAAUUAAAUAUGGUUUAGUGCAACUUGCUGAGGCAUUGAAUUUUCUUCACUGUGAUUGUCAUCGUUUACACUUGAAUUUGACUCCUGAAUCAAUAGUAAUCAAUCGUUUUGGGAUUUGGAAGCUUGGUGGGUUCGAGUUUUCAAAGACAGCGGACCAAAGUGAAAAACCCGAACAAUCUAUCGUUCGAAUACCUGUUUGGCAGUCUAAUUUAAUUCCUACUUGUCAACUAAAACUUGAUAGUAGUAGCCCUGAGGCGAUCCUUGAGGGUGAAGUGACUGAUGCAAGUGAUAUGUUUUCAUUUGGUCUUUUAAUCUGUACACUAUUCAAUCGUGGCAAAUCGAUUUUGUAUGUUGGAGACGAUUAUCAUGCUUACAAACGAAUGGUUAAACAACUUUCAUCAUUAUUAGCAAGUAAAGAAUUAAAUUUACCAAGCAAUUUAAAAGAAUAUGUGAAAAUGAUGCUGUCAUCGGAUCCGAAAAUUCGACCAAAUGCUACAUCGUAUUUUGAAGAUGCAUCAAUAUCAGUUUUACAAAGUAUCGAUAAUAUGUAUCAAUUGGACAAUUUGUCUAGAUCACAAUUUUAUAAAUCUUUACCAAAUUCGAUUCAUACUUUAUCAAAACGUUUAUGUCUAUUUCGUGUUUUUCCACAAAUCGCUGAAGAUUUUUCAAAUCCACACAUGGUCCCGUUUAUUCUACCGGCUGUUUUACAAAUUUUAGAUCUAGUUACACAAGAUGAAUUUGUUCAAUAUAUGCUACCUCGUCUCACACCUGUAUUGACAAUGAAAGAACCUAUACAGAUUGUUUUAAUAUUCUUGCAAAAUUUACAUAUAUUAAGUGAGAAAUUCCCAAUUAAAGAAUUUCGUAAUUAUAUUCUGCCAAUGUUACAAUCAGCAUUGGACAUUGAUAAUAAGAUGAUACAGGAAUUGUGUCUUCAAUCUUUACCAACUAUUGGUAAAGUAAUCGAAAUAACAGUAUUAAGAAAUGCUUUCAUUCGACGAAUACAACGUUUAUGCUUAUCCACAGAAUAUUUAUCUACACGUAUGCAUUGUCUUCUUUGUAUUGGCAAAUUAUUAGACUAUUUAGACAAAUGGAUUGUAAUGGAUGAUAUACUACCCUUUCUACAACAAAUUAAAUCACGUGAACCAACUAUUUUAAUGGCUAUAUUGGGUAUACAUCGUUUAGUAUUUAGUCAUGAAAAAUUGGGUAUUAGUCGAGAAAAAUUAGCUAGUAAAAUAUUACCUUAUCUUAUUCCAUUAUCGAUUGAAAGUAGUUUAAAUUUGAAACAAUACAGUGCUUAUGCAUCAUUAAUACGUGAUAUGUGUUCAUAUUUGGAACGGGAACAAUAUGCUAAAUUAGAACAAUUGCAUGGUGCUGCUGCCAGUGAUGAGAACAGCAUGAUAAAAAUUGAUACUAUCGAUGAAAGUGUUUGGGCUACAUCCAACUCUUGUUCAGAUUUAAUGACUCGAAUAAUUUGUACUUAUUUGGAUAAUGCUGAACAAUACGUGAAACGUAGUCCUGUAUCAACAACAACAACAACAACUUUAGCGAAUUCCAAUACAACUACUAAUUCAUCACCGCCUAUUUUAUCAUCUACUGGAAUGAAUGGUUCCAUAAUCAAUGAAAAUACUUCAUUAAGUUUAGAACAAAAACGUCAAUUAGCUGCUAAACAAAAUCAAAUUGAACGUUUCACAUCGACAACAACAUCAUCAUCCUUAUCCCCACAACCAAUUGGACCAAUGAAAUUGACUAGAACAACAAAUAAACCAGUGGAUAUCACGAAUACAUUGAUUGCAUACAAUGUCAAUGCCAUUAAUCAAAAUACAUCCGAAUUGAUGAUGAUGAAUAAUAAUAAUACUAAAUCAACUAUACAAAAAAAUUACAUAGGUACAGGUAUACCUUUAGCUUUGCUCACACCGCCACCGCCGCCAGCACCACAACAGAAUGGUGUUUUCAACAGUAACAAUAAUAACUCUGCCUAUUAUUACUCGAAUAAUAUUGAUUUUGGCCAAUUACAAUCAAAUGCCUCGUUGCCUAAUGCAAUUGUUCCAUUCACCAGUAAUAGUAAUAAUCAUACUAAUCAUUUGAAUUCAUUGACUUCUAUGCCAUUUACUUCAACCACAUCCAAUAUGAUGACGAUGAAACCGUUUCAACCGGUUGCCGUCCCAAAUAAUAAUACACUGACACAUCAAUCAUUCCCGAUCACAUCAUCAUCAUCAUCAACAGCAUCCAUAAUGCUGCUGCCUAAUCAAACUUUAUGCCAUUCUUCUAAUUCAAUAAAACCAUUGUCUAAAAGUGAUAUAGAUGAUUUAUUAAGUUAAUUUGUUUUAAUUUAUUUUCUUCUUCUAAACAACAACACAAGUAAAAUCAUAAUCAUGCCUUUUUCUUUUCAAAUGAUAUAAUUUGUACAGAAAUAAUUAUCGGCGGAGUGUUAAACACAUUCCUAGGUGUGUGUGUGUGUGUAUGUGUGUGUAGGCAGGCAAAUGAGAAUGCUGCAUCAUGGCCUACGUGUGUUGCAACUCAACACAGAUAAAUUUCUCCUGGUCAGUUAGUUCUAUGGUUUUUUUUGUGAUAGAUAUUUUUUUGGUUAACAUUCCAGCGGUUUUUUUUUCUUUUCUGCCUACUUUUACCUGCUUUCAAGUGUCUGUAUUUUGAUGUGUGCUUGUGUGUAUGUCUGUGUUAUUGACUUUGCAUAAAACAAUGUCUUUCAUAUGGGAUUGUUUCUGUUUGUUGUCUUACUUGAUGUACACAUUUGUCUUUAUGAAAAAUUAUAUUAUCUGAUUAAUCUUUCUUUUUAUUGUUCUAAACAAUGUUCUAAUUUAUUUAUUUUUUCAAUAAUAACUAAACUAAUUUGUCUGGUUCGAUUUGUUUUUUUAAUCAAAAUUUCUGUUUUCCAAUCACCA